AUGUCACAUCAGCAGUAUUCGCCCGCGCUGACGGCAGCGACGACAUCGGCGACGGCGCCAGCUCGGCGCACCUACCUCUUCGGUGCGGGCAUCGGGUCUUCACUCUCGCCUGCCUUCCACAACGCUUGCUACCGCGCCCGCGGACUGGAUUGGACCCUCUCCCGGCUCGACUCGACCGAUAUGCCUGCCUUCCUCGAGCGCGUGUACGCAGACGACUUUGGCGGAAGCGCCGUGACCAUGCCGCACAAGUCAGCCAUCCUCACCCAUGCGGAUCACGUCGAGCAGCAGGCCAAGCUGAUCGGCGCGGCCAACACCAUCUUCUUUCGGACGGAUGCUGAUGGCCAGCGCAGAUUGGUGGCUACGAAUACGGACGUCGCUGGAAUCCGUGACUCGAUUCUCACCUCGCUUCCUGCAUCGUCACGACCCACCGCGUCGGGCGCCGAAUCGAGCUCGCACAUUGGUCUCGUCGUCGGCGGCGGCGGAACGACCCGCACCGCAGUCUACACCCUUCGAUACGAACUGCACUGCUCCGACAUCUACAUCGUCAACCGCAUCGACGACGAGGCUUCGGCCAUCAUCGAUGACUUUGCCUCGCAGGGCGUGACGGGUAUCCACCAGCUCAAAACACCCGCCGACGUCGCACAGCUGCGGGCCGUGCCACGCUUCAUUGUCAAUGCUGUGCCUUCCUUCGAGCCACAGACGGACGGCGAAAAGCUGGCUCGCGCCACGCUGACCGCAGUGUUGGAGAGAGGGCAGGCGCAGGGCCCAGACGGCGAAAGGGUGGUGCUAGAGAUGUGCUACUUCCCGCACACGUGGACCACGGUCUGUCAAAUGGCGCAAGAUAAUGGCUGGGAGGUGAUCCAGGGCAUGGAGGCCAUGUACCACCAGGCGGUGGCGCAGCAGCUGCUGUGGAUUCCUGAGACGGGAGGGGUCGAUCUGCUGGCUGUCGGACGAAGAGGAGCCGAGGAGGAGAUCGAGCGUAGAGCACAAGGGCUGGCGCCCCUAUAG